CCCGAUAAGGAGGUACCAAUUGAAAUGACAUCGGCUAGGAGUCAGCAGGCUACAGAGAAGCUGUCUCCAACUCGUGGAGACUUCUGGGAAUUAAACGCGGGCUAAAAAAGUCAAAUCGAGAUAUAGCAAUGUCCUCAACGCUACCUAUAUAAAUGCCCUGGUGCACCAUGUCUAUAGAAUCGGCAACCGGUUUUCUCCAUGCAUCUUGGAACCCUCCUCUCCCUGGCCGUCGUCGCCGUUGGGGCUGCCGUCCCCAAUGGUCAGACACUCUCUCUGAAUGGCAUUCCCUACUACCUCAGCGGGAUUCCUGUGUCUACCCUGCAGGGACACAACUCUUCUCUAUUCGACCAGUCCUUGACGGAGGGGAACGACAUCGUUCCGCUCACAGUUAUUCCUGUCUCUUCCUCCACUCAGAUCAGCUCUCUGCUGUCUGAUUUCAGCACACGCGAUGAUGUCUUUCAAUCGGAGUUCUUGCGGACGGUCCUUCUUACUUCAAGCUCCAACGAUACCAGCGGCGUUUCGAUCAGGGAGUAUGCUCCCACUUUGGAAUCAGAGGGAACGAAGCUUCUCAUGACAGGACAUGGUCUUGCUGCCGCCUCUGAUAGUGGGGUGUCCGUUAGCUCGAGCAAGCCUCUCCCUCCGGGCCCGUACUUUGUGUCUGCAUCCACUGGAAAGGUGUUCCGAGCCUACCGACUAUACCCCGAUGACAAUGUUGCCUUCAUUCAGGCCGCUAUUAGCGACGAGGACGGUGGUUUCCUACCCCUGUCUGCGAUCACGGAAAACGCCAUGACUAAAGAUGUGGCCGUGCCGUCUCGUCUCUACUACACGCCAACUCCCAAGCAACCCCUGGCGGGACUACGACUGGGUGUCAAGGACAUUUUCCAUGUGGAGGGUCUCAAGACCAGCGGCGGAAGUCGAUCCUACUACUACCUUUACGGAACCCAGAACGUCACGGCACCAUCUAUCCAACGGCUAGUUGAUCUAGGUGCCAUCAUCGUGGGCAAGACCGGUACAGUGCAAUUUGCCAACGGUGACCGACCUACGGCCGACUGGGUGGAUUUCCACUGCCCUUUUAACCCCCGUGGUGAUGGAUACCAGGCCCCCAGUGGUUCUUCGUCCGGCUCUGGUGCCGCUAUUGCUGCCUACUCCUGGCUCGACAUCACGGUUGGAAGCGAUACUGGCGGUUCCAUGCGCUCUCCUGCCUCCGUGCAAGGUGUCUACGGUAACCGUCCCUCGACGGGUGCCAUCUCCCUCGAGCAUGUCCUACCUCUCUCUCCCGAGCUCGACACGGCCGGUGUCUUCGCUCGCACUCCCGCUCUCUGGUCCCAAGUGGCUCGCGCAUGGUAUCCCCAUUUCCGGCACAACUACACCUCCUUGCCUCGCCAUGUCUACCUCGGUGGCGACGGCUGGGACGGUGAGGGCUUGACUCCCGAAGCCCACGGUCUCCUCAAUACCUUCGUUCGGCAGGUCGAGAACUUCCUCAAGGCCAACCACACCACCGUCGACGUCUCUCAACGCUGGAACGAAACCCACUCAUCCUCCACUCCCAGCCUCGAGAACCUCCUCGACCUUACCUACGGCACCAUCACCUCCGUCGACCAAUAUAACCACCUCGCCGCUCCGCUAUUCGCCGACUACGCCGCUAUCCACGGCGGCCGUCGACCCUUCAUCAACCCGGGUCCUCUCUCCCGGUGGAACUGGGGCCAGUCGAACGGCGGCAACGCCUCCUACGAGGUCGCCCUGCGCAACAUGACGCAGUUCCGCAGUUGGUGGGAGAAAGACGGCUACGGGCGCUCAGACGCCGAUUCCUGCUCCGAGGGCCUCUUCAUUAGCAUAUACUCCGCCGGCGAGACCGACUACCGCAACCAGUACUACGAGCCUCCUGAGGCGCCACCGCUCGGUUUCUCGAUCGGGCGCAUCGCUGUCUUUUCGGGCUCUCCGGAGGUUGUGGUUCCCUUGGGCGAGUCUCCGUAUAACAGCACUAUCUCGUUGAAGACGGAGUAUUUACCCGUCAGCGUGGCGUUGCAGAUGGCCAGGGGAUGUGAUCAUGUUUUGGCGGAUUUGGUGGCGGGUUUGGGUAAGAAGGGGAUUUUGAAGGAUGUAGGGACGGGGUCGAGGUUGUAUUCAAAGGAUAUUUAGAAUAUUUGUUCCUAUCACUAGACAAUAUGAUAGAAAUUUUAUGCUGAUUC